CCGGGACUCAAGAUGGCGGCGGCAGGCAGCCCAGGCUCGCUGGAGUCCGCUCCACGAAUCCUGCGGCUGGUCGCUGAGUGCAGUCGCUCCAGAGCUCGGGCGGGUGAGCUGCGGCUGCCGCAUGGAACGGUAGCCACCCCUGUGUUCAUGCCUGUGGGUACACAGGCCACCAUGAAGGGUAUCACCGCGGAGCAGCUGGACUCCCUGGGCUGCCGCAUCUGCUUGGGCAACACCUACCAUCUGGGGCUGAGGCCGGGUCCGGAGCUGAUCCAGAAAGCCCAGGGUCUUCACGGCUUCAUGAACUGGCCCCACAAUCUGCUGACGGAUAGCGGCGGCUUCCAGAUGGUGUCCCUCUUCUCCCUGUCCGAGGUGACGGAGGAGGGCGUCCGCUUCCGCUCGCCCUACGACGGAGAAGAGACACUUUUGAGCCCAGAGAGGUCGGUGGAGAUCCAGAACGCUCUGGGCUCGGACAUCAUUAUGCAGUUGGACGACGUGGUGAGCAGCACCGUGACAGGCCCUCGAGUGGAGGAGGCCAUGCACAGGUCAGUCCGCUGGCUGGACAGGUGCAUCGCAGCCCACAAGCAUCAGGACAAGCAGAACCUCUUUGCCAUCAUCCAGGGUGGACUGAAUGCUGAUCUUCGGACCACUUGCCUGAAAGAGAUGACCAAGAGGGAUGUGCCAGGCUUCGCCAUCGGAGGUCUGAGUGGAGGAGAGAGCAAGGCGCAGUUCUGGAAGAUGGUGGCAUUGAGCACCUCCAUGCUGCCUAGGGGCAAGCCACGAUACCUGAUGGGGGUCGGCUAUGCCACUGACCUGGUGGUUUGCGUGGCUCUUGGAUGUGACAUGUUCGACUGUGUAUACCCCACACGGACAGCGCGCUUUGGCUCCGCCCUUGUGCCCACUGGGAACCUGCAGUUGAAGAAGAAGCAGUAUGCAAAGGAUUUCAGCCCCAUAAACCCGGAGUGUCCCUGUCCCACCUGCCAGAUGCACAGCCGAGCCUUCCUGCACGCCCUGCUGCACAGCGACAACGCUGCCGCGCUGCACCACCUAACUGUACACAACAUUGCCUAUCAGCUGCAGCUCCUGAGCGAAGUGCGCAGCAGCAUCUUGGAACAGCGCUUUCCUGACUUCGUCAGAAACUUCAUGCGCACCAUGUAUGGCGACCACAGCCUCUGCCCCGCGUGGGCCACUGAAGCACUGGCCUCUGUGGGAAUCACACUCACAUGACCUGGCUGCUGGGGAAGGACGGACGCUGGGGUAUGGGGAAUGUUGAAGGAUUCUUUUUUACAAAAGACUUUGUUACUACGUUUUGUUUUCAUUUAAGAUCUUGUGUCUUCUUGGGGAGGCCGCCUGUCUUCUUCCUCAUCCCAAGCUGUACUGUAGUUGGACAUCUCAGUAAGAAGUGAACUAGAGCAUGGAGGUGGGCUCAUAAUUGGAUAUAUGUGUAAAGAGAGGCAGAGCCAGGAAGGUCUGGGGAAGUGGCACUGAGGACUUAAGUUUGAGUCUGGUGGCUCCAGGGCCAGGCUGUAACUCUAGCUCUGGAGAUUAGCUAUAGGCUAUACUCCUACAGGCAGGAGUCGGAGGUUAGCUGCAAGUUUAAGACCAACUUGGUUUUCAUAGCCAGCUUUGGAUACAGAGUAAGACCCUUUCUCAAUGAAAACAAAACAAAAAAGCAGUCAUAGCAACCGUGGGGGUAACCGGGAGCCACUGGGCAUAGCCCAGUUUUGGAAUGUAGUCUCAGACUGGGGGAUCUCUCUUGAAGUCAGGAUCUCCCAGCUAUCCUGGAAGAUAUAACUCUCAUUCUUCCCUGGUUGUCAGCUGCCUAGCUGGCCCGGGGAGAGGAAGCGACUUUGCCCAAGUUCACCAAUAAAGAGAGAGUGCCUCUCUG